AACUCAUCUAAGUGAUAAGACUCUUCCUCUUUCUUUUUUCUCGCUCUUAUUUGUUCACUAUAGUUUAAAUUCAAGAAAAAUCGAAUAAACCCCUACUAGCUUAAUCGAUGUUGGUUUCUGUUCUUAUUUCAACCAACCAACGAUAGGAUCCCAAAAAAGCUCACUAGGCGAGAAACGAUGCGAAAUCUCAAAUCACAUCGUCUCCAACUGUUGUUGCGUACACUAUUUACGAUAGGUUUAGUCACUUUUCUUAUGAUCGAUGUGUUUGUAUUACAAAACAACAACGAAGCCGACAAAACAAAAGAGACUACUACCGCUGCAGCGAUGAACAAUACCAUUAUACACGCUAAGGGUGUACAACACGAGCUUGAAGAUGGAUCAAAACAUGGUGAUCUUAGCUACGUUGCUAGCAAAAGAAAAGUGCCUCGUGGACCCGAUCCUAUACACAACAGGAGAGCAGGAAGUUUAAGACGACCACCGGGAAGAGCAUAAGUACGGUGAAAGCUUGGAGAAGAAGCAGGAAGAGCAAUAGAGAAGUAUUUGUUGGCAAAACAGGUCUUGUAAAUGUAAUGCUCCUAGAUUCUCUAUCCCUUUGAUUUGGGAUCAAAUCUUUUAAAUAUGCUCAAAGUAUUUGUGACCCUAUUACACUUCUUUUUUUUUCUUUUACCAGAGAAGGUAAAAAAAAAAAACUCAUACUAGAAACAAUUUCUAUAAUCUUAAAAAGCAUCUCACGAAAAAGGUAUAGGUACAUGCAAUCCUGUUUUCUCACAUUGCACAACUUGUAUUGAAUGAGGAUGAGCAUUUACUAAAUUAGGUAAACGAUACCAGAUUUUUAACUUGAAAACCACAUAUGAGAG